AUGUGUACAAAUCGUAUCUUUGACGCGCCUCAGAAGCGCUUUGAUGUCGACGCUCCAGAGGGGAUAUGGCCGGAAGUUGGUUGGUCGGUCGGUCGCACCCCCUGCUUUGCGCAGGAGGGUGUUCAGUCAGUUGGUCUGCGUGUGUAUGUUCGAUGGUUAAUUGACGCGUGUGCACGGUCCAAGCCACAGGACCCUGUGUUUCAAACUUGCAUCUCUCGUAGUGUGACUGAUACGACCAAGCACUCCGCAAGUGUACAAUUCCCCUCGUCGCGGCCGAGCUCUUCGAUAGCGUCAGCAGCGAAGUCUGAAAUAGUACAUUUACUCUCCACGACCCUCGCUUACCCAUUCCGUGGCUCAUUGGCAAAACUUUACUCUCUUUUCUCACCACGUGGAAUUUUCAUCUUUGGGACAACGGGAAGGGAUGUAGUGGUGAGUCAGAUUGGGACGCUAGGAAUCCCUUUCUUGAUCACCUAUCUGAUGCUUCGCGAGAUAGCUCUUCCAUCAUUUGAUUCAUUUCCCAUCCGCGGCCGUUCAAGACAUUAUAUCGUGAGGACAGAAACCGCCCAUCACAGCUCAUUCUCUCGUCGUAUCUUGAGAGACCGAAAACUCCGUUGGGGUAUCUUUGAUUCAGCCGAUGACCGGCCGGGUCGCCGUCAAUCCAUUCGUGCCAACCAACACAUACCGUAA